GAUGCUGCUGCGUUGCCUGGCGCCUGGGUCACUUCUCCGAGGUCCCUCUUCGCGCCGGCGCUUCAUGGCGGAACCCCUCGCCUCCGAGCGGGACUAUUCCGCUUCUACGACGGGAAGGGGCUCCCCCACCGGGAAUAGCAGACGAGACGGGGACCCCGGCGGCCUCCGCCUCCUCAGCGCCGGCGUCUUGGCCUCUUCCCAGGCAGCCAGGAGGAUUUUGGAGGAGUGCACAUCUUCUGUCCCCGAAGCCAGAGCCGUUCUUGAUCUUGUGGAUAAUUGUCCUGUGCACACAGAGAAGGGAAAUUUCCCUGUGAUCGUUAUUGAAGGACUGGAUGCAACAGGCAAAACGACAGUGACUUGUGCUCUGAAGGACGCGCUGAAUGCUGUUCUCUUGAGGACCCCUCCUCCUUGUGUCAGUCAGUGGAGAAAGGUUUUUGACAAUCAACCAACACUCAUACGGAGAGCAUUUUAUGCACUGACUAACUACAUUGUUGCUUCUGAAAUAGCAAAGGCAUCUGUGAACUCACCAGUGAUUGUGGAUAGAUAUUGGCACAGCACUGCUGCCUAUGCAAUUGCCACAGAAAUCAGUGGGAAGGUAGACGAUCUCCCUCCACCUCAUCAUCCAGUCUACUGCUGGCCCAAAGACUUGCUGAAGCCAGACGUUGUCUUGCUGCUGACUCUCAGCUCAGAUGAAAGAAUCCGGAGAUUGCAGGGACGAGGGAUGGAGAAGACCAGGGAGGAGGCUGAGCUGGAAGAAAAUAGGUCUUUCCGUCAGAGAGUAGAAGAGGCCUACAGAAGAAUGGAGAAUCCUGCAUGCCAACCAGUUGACGCCAGCCCAUCUAGAGAAGAAGUUGUCAAAGCUGUCCUACGUCUGAUCAAAACACAAUGUGAUUUACCAAGUGAUUCCAGUAAAUGAUACCAAAUUGUAUCAAUUGGCACAAAAGAGUCAUCCCAAAGUUCCUCAGCAAGCGUAUGUUAGAGAGGAGAUACAUUUUCUCCAGCCUUAAGAAGUCUAAAGGGAAAUGGGGCAGCAAGCCAUCAUGAUGUCAACUGGUUUCAAAACACAGAAAUAAGACUAUGAACUAUAUUCCAUUAAAGCUCAAGAGAAGAAGGAAAUGAAAUUAUGCAGCCACUCUAUUUUGCAGAAUAAUACCAUUAACUGGCUUGGGUCAGUAUUAUAUGGAGUUAUCAUUUUGCAAGUUAUUUAUAUUUACCCUUUUCUGUCAAGAGUUCUGUUUUUUUUCCUCCAUGUCAGGAGUGACUUGAGAAACUGCAAGUUGCUUCUGGUGUGAAAGAAUUAGCUAUCUGCAAGGAUGUUGCCGAGAGGAGCCCAGAUGUUAUACCAUCCUGUGGGAGGUUUCUCUCAUGUCCCCACAUGAGAAGCUGGAGCUAAAUUAUAUGGCAGCUUACACUGCUUCCUGGAUUUGAACCACUGACCAUUUGGUCAGCAGUCCUGCUGGCACAAUUUAACCCAUUGUGUGUCAAACUACAAAUCCAGAAUUCCCGGGGGGAGCAGGAUGUAUAUAUACCAAUAGCUUGUAUGGGACUGAUAUUACUCUUUUCAUGAAGUUACUGAAGCUUCCUAUGACUUACAAUUCAAGAUUUGUGACAAAGAAAUCUCUGAAGGAUGCAGACAUUCUUACACCUUUGUUAAUUAAGAGAUGUAAAUCUCUAUUUGAAUGUAAUUGUUUCUGUGUUGAGUCUUUUUGUGCUGCGUCAUGACAUUCCUGCCGUUUAUUAUUGCUAACUUGCCCUGCACUACUUCCAUUUGGACUCAUUGAAAUGGGAGCAGAUGGGGGAACAGGUUAGCACUUCAGAAUGAUCCAUGAGCAAACAGGCACUUAUGCCUUCGCUCCUGGGCUGUACCGUCAAGAUUGUUUACCACUUGAGGGUACAAACAUCUCACCUGCUUCAGGUGAUAAACUUUAUGUCUCUUCAAGCAACACAAGUGGCGGAAUAAACCCAACAAUUUUCAUCUUUGCACAA